AUGGCUGACGACCGAUCGACCGAGCGGAUCGAAUUGUACGAUUCGGCUCUUACUGUCCCUUCCGACUCCGAAAACUACUCCGCCAACAAUGAGCUCUCUUCCUCACCACCUUCCACAUCAAGCUCGCCCGUGAUUGUGUACAAACCGCCGACAUUCUGGGGUCUAUUGCGCGGGACAGCAAUCAAUGUUGUACUUCCUUUUGUGAACGGGUUGAUGCUUGGUUUGGGUGAAUUACUCGCACAUGAAGCUGCCUUCCGCUUAGGAUGGACCAAUACAAAGAUUUUCCCAACCUACAGGCGUACGACACCUAUUAGCCCCGGAAUCGAAUUGAGAGAGGUUCGUGACCGACGGACGGAUCCCCAUGCCAACAUUGGGGACGCGGCGUCCCUUGAAUGA